AUGACAUUGCCUAACGACGAGCCUACAAUUUCGCCUGACGACGCUGCCACUGCGGCAGCAGUGGCAGCAGCCAGCACGGCAGCAGCAGCGGUGGCAGCGAUUCCCCAAUUAAAGGACGAUGAUCACCAGCUCCACCACCAGUUUGUGCAACAGCACCACCAUCAUCUCCAGGAACAGCACGCACACCACCAUCAACAGCAUGCGCUCCAACAACAUCACCAACAUCAACAUCACCCCCACGAGCAUGAUCAUGACCAGUUGAACUCUCAGCUCAACCAGUUGCAACAGCAUAACUUAGCACACCACCAGUUGAAUCACACGCAGCAUCAUCAUCUUGAGAUGUUGGCACAGGCAAAUGAAGAGGAUUUCCUCGAUACUACCAACAGGAAGGUUGCGCCAAGAUCGAGUGAUUUGUUCAAGGUUGGUCCACAAUUCAGCGAAACAAGACACCAUCAGGAUAUUUACUGUAAGAGAAAUGAUAUGGAUGUGAAUCCAAUUUUAGAAGCUAGGAUUGAUAGAGGGUUCGAAGUGGGUGAAAAUGGUACUUGGAUUGGUUACAAGAGAAACUACUUCACUUUGGUGGCUUCAUUCUCGUUGGAAAAUUUCAACUUCGACCGUUUUAUUCAGAAUAAGUUCUACACGUACGAAAAAUCGUCCAAGAACGGCGAGUCAGUGGGCGAAAAUAAGGUUGAAAUCAGUUAUUUUGCCAUCAGAUUGGUUGCUAAGUGCUCUGACGAUGAUGUGGCUAUCAGUCUUGUUCAGCACACCGCCAAGAGAGACAAGGGUCCUCAGUUCCCUCCACCAAUCUACCCAGCUGUUCCAGGUGACUUGCCUGACCACGAAACAGUCAGGGCGUCGUGUAACAAGCGUAACGGUAAUAAAAUUGAAAAUAUGAAUAAGGUCUUCUACUUUGAUAGAGCCGAAUAUUAUCACAAUACUAAUUUGGACACUUUGAAAGACGACUCCGUUUUGAAGAACUAUCCAAGUGACUCAAUCGCCAGAGUGGCUAGAUUCGAAAGAAUCCAAUUUACUUCUUCUAUCAGAUUGAAAUCUACUUCGGUCAAUUCCAGAUACUUCACCUUACAUGUUGAACUACUCGGAAUCAUCGAGAACGAGGAUUGUCAAAUCCAACCAAUCUUAUUGUCCUCGAUUGAAACUCCUCCUCUAAUUAUCAGAGGUAGAUCUCCAUCAAACUAUCACAAGGAUAGAACUUCGGGCUACAGAGGUCAUAUUUAA